AUGAGAUACCUACGCGCGAAAGGCAUACGCAAGGCGCUGCGCCAAUUUCACUUCUUAUGUGGCAUUAAGCCGCCUUAUAAGGUGUUGCUGGAUGGAAACUUUAUCGCGAUGUGCAUUCAAAUGAAGGUAAAUGUGAAUGAACGCGUGUCUAAGUAUUUACAGGUCAAGCAGCAUGAAUGCGAAUUUUACGUCCCUCGUGCUGUCCUUGAUGAGCUUAAGACCUUGGGGGAAGCCACCAAAGAGGCUUAUCAUCUGGCGAAGAGUUUCAAGGUAGCGGAAGUCUUCGGCCAAGCUGAGGAUGACAAGCAGGUGACUGUAGACGUGUCCAAGUACAUUCAGACCAUCAUCGGCGACAAGAACGAUCGCAAGUUUUUCGUUUGCACGCAAGAGGUGGAGCUUCGCAAGGCGUUACGUCUGGUGCCUGGUGUACCGCUUAUUUACUUGAACCGCUCAGUUUUGGUAUUCGAGGAAAUUUCCCGUGCUACCUUGGCCAUUGUUCGCCAAGAGGAGGAAGCUAACAUGGCUAAGCUGGACAUUAACGUGAAGAGAAAAUUGGAACAGAUACAGGAGAACAAGCAUGAAACUGGCUAUGCAGAGCAGGGGCGAAUCGUGAAGAAGCGGGCAAAGGGUCCAAACCCUCUCUCGUUUAAGAAGUCGGUUAAGAAGAAGAUUCGUGCUAAGAAGAAAAAGAACUAA